AUGGCUCUCCAACUAAGGAAUUUAAUCCUCAAAAAGGCCUCAGGCAAGGAGAUCCUCUAUCCCCUUUCCUUUAAGGCCUUUGAUUCUGUCAACUGGGAUUUUCUCCUCUCAAUGUUAUCAAACUUUGGGUUCGGUCCCAAAUGGAAUUCAUGGAUCAAGGAAUGCAUUUCUACUUCUAGAAUUUCAAUCCUCGUAAAUGGCUCUCCAACUAAGGAAUUUAAUCCUCAAAAAGGUCUCAGGCAAGGAGAUCCUCUAUCCCCUUUCCUUUUUAAUUUGGUUGUUGAAGCUCUUAACAUUCUCCUACUCCGAGCUCGGGAGUUGAAUUUGCUCAAAGGGGUCACCAUUGGAAAUAAUCAAGUUCAGUUGUCUCAUCUCCAAUUCGCAGAUGAUUCUCUUCUGUUCUGUGAAGCGGAGUUCUCGGAAGUCCUCACUUUGAAAAGGAUACUCAGGUGCUUUGAAGUAGUGUCAGGUCUCAAAAUCAACUAUCAUAAGAGUGUGAUUUGCGGGGUCGGUAUCCCUGGCAAUACUCUAGAGGAGUUUGCACAUUUGUUGAAUUGCAAGACCCAUAGCUUACCACUCAAGUAUCUUGGAUUGCCGCUGGGAGCUAAUCCCAAAAGAAAGAGGAUGUGGAAACCAAUUGUAGAUAAAGUCAAAAUGAGGCAUGCUGGGUGGAAAAUGAGGUUUCUCUCCCAUGCUGGGAGGUUGACUCUGGUGAAAGCAGUGCUGUCAAGUUUGCCCGUAUUUUACUUGUCUUUGUUUAAAAUACCUGAAGGCGUAGCUAAGGAGCUAGACAAAAUUCAAGCUUCAUUUCUUUGGGGAGGCCCAGAUCUAAAGAGGAGAAUUCAUCUUGUUAAGUGGUCGGAGGUAACAAAGAACAUAAAGCAAGGAGGAUUGGGCAUCAAACGAAUCAGGGAUGUGAACUAUGAUCAAUGGUGCGGGGUUCAUUGCCUCAAAGAUGCAUUCCCCAGGCUCUUUCAACUGUCCAAUAGUAAGGAAGGACUUCUCAAGGACUUUGUGUCAACCACAUCUUCCAUUUGGGUGUUUAACUUCAGAAGAGCCCUCUUCGAAUGGGAAAAGGAUGAACUUCACAGACUCAUUACCACCUUAGCUACUCCUCCUCCCUUGAAUCUAGGAGUUGAUGACAGAGCUUUGUGGGCAGCACUUCAUCCUAGCAAGUCUUUUGUUUCCACUCUUUAUAAUCAUUCUAAUCUUGCCUUGGGUAACAAUGUUCCUUCUAGUAAUUUGAUUUGGCUCAACUAUCUACCACCUAAAAUACAAUUUUUCGGUUGGCUCGCUUGGAAACACAAGGUUAAAACUUCUGUCUUCUUGCAACGGAUUGACGUAUUGGAUAGAUCGGCUGCCACCUCAUGCCUCUUUUGUAACUCGCAACAGGAAACUGUCCAGCAUGUUCUGAUUCACUGCCCUUUGGUGUGGAAAGUUUGGACUGGGUUAUUUCAAUGGUGGGGUAUUCUCUGGGUGGUUCCUGCCUCUGUUGAAGAUCUACUGCAGUGGUGGGCAGGGUUCAUCUGCAAGAAAAAGGAGAGGAGAAUCUGGCGUGCCAUUCCUUUGGUCACCCUCUGGUCCAUUUGGAAGAUCAGAAACGAGUGCCUCUUUCAAGCCUCCCAUCUUAACACCCAGCUGCUGCAGGAACUCAUCAUCUUCAGGCUAGCGAUUUGGUUAAAGUCCUCCUCCAACCAAUUUCCAUUCUCCAUCAAUGAUUUCCAAUUCAAUGUUUCAGGAGUCAGGCACUGCAUUCGCACUUGA